AUGGCGCAGAAGGGCGUAAUUGCGUUUAAUAUCGGGGCGUUUAUAUCGACACUGUUUCUGCUCGAGUUCGGGGCUGAUAAAUUUAUCGCUCACACAGCCGCAAUCGCGGGACGCAUAGGCGUGUCCGAGGUGGUCAUUGGACUCCUUACUGCAGGCGCAGAAUGGGAAGAGCUUGCGGUUGUUGUCGCGUCCCUGGCGCAGGGCCGUUCUUCGUUGGCCAUUGGUAAUGUCGUUGGCUCGGCCAUCUCCAAUAUCCUGGGCGCCUUUUCCCUCGGCCUUCUGUGCUAUGAGAAGGGACAGACGGUCGAGUUCGACAGGAGCUCUCGAAUUUACUCUCUCAUGACCCUCGCCCUAACUACACUGGUGACUCCAAUUAUCUAUUUCUCUACAAGAAUCACCUGGCUAGUUUGUGGGCCUCUUCUAGUAUCGGCAUUCGGAGUCUAUUUCCUGCUCGUCGCUUUGGCAAUUGGUCGAGGGGUUCUUACGGCGCCAGAAGAUUCAGAUGAUAGUGAUGAUGACGAUGACGAUGAUACGAGUUCCGUGGGAAGUAGAACAAGAUUGCUUGCCGACAACUCCAGCACAAACGCGAGGCAACGUCGCCACCGUCACCGGCUCGGAUACCAUGGGUUCUAUCUAUCCUUUGGAUUCCUUGCUAUAUGCCUUGCGGGCUACGUGAUUUCACAAGCGGCAAUUAACAUCACUGACCAAUUGGGCAUCUCCGACGUACUCUUUAGCGUCAUAAUUAUUGCUAUAGCCACUACACUCCCUGAAAAGUUUAUAGCUGUUAUGAGUGGUUACCGUGGCCACCCUGGGAUCCUUGUUGCUAACUGCGCCGGCAGUAACAUCUUCCUUCUGUCCCUUUGCUGCGGCAUCAUUAUGAUUAACACAAAGGGAACCUUGGAAGGGGGCAAUGUGACGAUCUCGGAACUGACGGUCUUAUGGGCCUCGACGGCUGCAUUCACCGCCACAGUCUGGUUUGGCGCUAGGUUUUCGAGAUGGAUUGGUGGGGCUAUGGUUGCUGGCUACAUUGCAUUUAUUGUGCUGGAGUUUACUGUCAUUCACGGUGUGGCAGGUGGGUGA